AUGCCUCCGAAGCGCAAGGCUCGCGGCGGCCUCGCCAACGAGGGAAGCAGGCCCUCUCCUCAUCGGCCCGGCGACACAACCAUGGGCCAGCGCGACAGAGACUUCUCCGAGGGAGGCGGAAGAGGCGGCCGCAGUGGUAGGAACACUAGACGAAACGACCGCCGAGACUCAGCACAGGGACAGCAGCAAUCACAACAGCCGCCCGCGACGAGCUCAUCGAACCCCUCCCGCGUCACGUCCCCAACUGUCCCCAGACCUCCCUCGGCACCAUCUCAGUCGCAGCAGCCUGCGCCGGCACCAGUCACAACCGACCAAGCGGCGGCUACCGCCGCUGCCUCGAUAUCCCACCCGCCCUCUCCGGUGCCGACAAAUUACUGCUACGAACAUAUCACCGACGAUGCGAUCGCUUCGUGGACGGCCAAGAGCCGACAAGAGCUGAUCGAGCAUGCGAAGCAGUCCAAGGUUGAUGUUGACAUUGAAGAGCUGACCAGCAUCUACCAAGAAUUCAUCCAUGCUGUCUUGGAGGGCCGCCUAUCGCCCGCCGACGCUGGCGCGUGCAUGAAAGAGAUACUCGGUUCGGAAUCGCAAGAAAUGAUUAAGGAGUCAUUUUCGUUCGAGCCGCACACUCUCUUCCUCGACACGCUGUCAAUCAUCUUCGACAAUGAUCGCGGGCUCUUCAAGCCCCAGCUCCGCGACUUUAUCCAGUGCAGCGGCAUCUCCCCCGCCCUCCUCCGCCAGGUCCUCGAUGCCCAGCUUUUGCAGGAUCUCGGUCUCAUCCGCACCACUUUCGUGAAGCUCGGAAUUCGCCACGCCACCAACCUUCUUUACCGACAAGCCAACUACAACCUGCUGCGCGAGGAGACCGAGGGUUACUCCAAGCUGAUGACCGAGCUUUUCACGACCAGCAGCUCGGAACCCCCCACAUCCGAGGCAGCCCACGCAGCGUUCGAGCGUCUCAAAGGCCUUAUCGGAACUUUUGAUCUUGACGUCGGGCGUGUUCUCGACGUUACGCUUGAUGUUUUCGCCGCCGUGCUUAUCAAGCAGUUCCGGUUCUUCAUCAAGCUGCUUCGCGUCAGCUCUUGGUGGCCUCGCAACCAAAACCCGCCCUCAUCCAUCUACGUGGGCGGUCUACCCAACUGGGCUCUGCCUGAAAACUCACACUGGCAGUCAAGUGAUGAGUCCGAAGCAGAGGCGGUUGAGUUGAGACGUCAGCGUGAUAUCGAGUUCUGGAACAGGGCUCGUGAAAUUCAUCUGGACGCCUUCUUCCAGCUUGGGGGAAGGGAGGUCACGGAAGAGAACCUCAAACAGUUGGAGGCAUCCGAGUCAACAUCCGAAGCCGAAGUCAACGCCGCCUCGGCGUGGAUGAAGGCAACAAAGACGCUCCCGCCUCAAGGCAACCGCACUGCUGCCCAGCUCCUAGGCUUCAAGUUGCGAUUCUACUCUUCCGACGCCCGAGAUGCCGCCGACGUGCUGCCGGCCAACCUUCUCUACCUAGUUGCGCUUCUCAUCAAGGUCGGAUUUAUGUCAAUCACUGACAUUUACCCUCAUCUCUGGCCUCUGGACGACGACAUGGAGACUUUGAGGGAGAAGCGCAUGAAGGAACUCGAGGAGAAGGAGAGACAGAGUCGACCCGGUGCCGCACAGAAUGCGCUCCUUAUGGCGGGUGCUCUUCCUGAUGACACAGCACCUGUGCCGACCACUCGCAUACGGGAUGCCUCCGGAAAGGUCGAUGCGGACGCGAAGACCGAUGCCGGCGCGGAUGAGAAGGAGAAGCUACCGGAACCUAUGGAGCAGAAGGCGGCAUUGCUCAUCUGUCUGUUGACGAUUGGCGCCAUUCCGGAGUCUUUGUUCAUUCUUGGCCGGUUCCCCUGGCUCCCCGAGGCUUUCCCUGAAAUCCUUGACCGCGUACACCGCAUCCUCAACCACAGCAUUGAAAAGGUCUAUCAGGAAAGCCGACCCACACCCAUCUGCUCCGCUGAGUGUCCUGCCAAGUCGAUUGCCGACCUUGACCAGAGCGGCGUUCCUAAGGGCACUGUUAAGCUCACUACUACACCGACCAAGAAGUCCAUGAAGUGGCCUUUCCCCGACGGCUUCGACCCAAGAGACCAGCAUUACCGAUUUUACUGGGACGAAUGGGCCGACAAUGUCCCUGUUUGCCAGACCGUCGAGGAUGUCUUCACUCUGUGCGAUACCUUCUUGAACAUCUCCGGCGUCAACAUCGGCAAAGACCCUGCUCUACUGGCAAAGUUUGUUAGUAUCGGAGCUAAGAGUCUUGGACAAGAUCGGACCCAGGAAAACCUCGACCGCUGGCAGGAACUUCUCCGACGCAUUUUGGUUCCCGCCCUCAGCAUGACUACAGCCAACGCGGCAGUCGUGAACUCUGUCUGGGACCUUCUCAAGCUCUACCCCGUCACCACCCGCUACUCAAUCUACGCAGAGUGGUUCGAGGGCCAAAUAUCCAGACUUCCAGCCAUGAAAGCAGCCUUUGCCCGCACUCGCAUCGAGACCAGAGGUGUGAUGAAGCGCAUUUCGUUGACCAAUCUUAGCGAGAUGGCGAAGUCUUUGGCAAAGACCAGCUACUCGUCCCCAGGCAUUGUCUUCAAGGAAGCCUUGAGCCAGAUCGAAUCCUACGCCAAUCUUAUCGAAGCUUUCGUUGAGUGCGCAAAGUACUUCACUGACUUGGCGUACGACGUCCUGGUGUGGUCAUUGAUGAGCUCCCUCGGCGGCAAACAAAGAAGCCGCACCCAAGAAUCUUCGAUCCUUCUGACCAGCAAAUGGCUUCAAGCUUUGUCCAAGUUUGCCGGCAAAGUUUUUAAGCGAUACUCGAUUUUGGACCCGAGCCCCAUCCUUCGAUACGUCGAUGAUCAGCUGUUCAAAGGCAACUCUACGGAUCUGAUCAUUCUCAAGGAGCUCGUAGCCUCCAUGGGAGGCGUUGUUCAAGUCCUUGAUUUUACCGAUGAACAGAUUCUGGCCAUGUCAGGAGGUGAGGUGUUGCGUCGACAGACCCUGCUUGGUCUUCAGGACAAACGUUUCGAGUCGGGGCGCAGUGCCAAGCGCCUCAUGCAAUCGUUGACCGAAUCGAAGCUUGCUGGACGUAUUCUCAUCAACAUUGCUCAAUACCGCCAGUCAGCCAUCUUCAAGCUCCCUGAUGACGAGGCUCAUAUCAAGUACAUCGGUUCCGUUAUCGACGACAGCCACCAGAUCUUGGUUCAGUAUCUCGACCUCCUGCGAACGAACUUGGAACCACAGGAGUUUGAUGCCCUUGUCCCUGCCAUUGCGUGUUUGAUGGAUGACUUUGGUCUUGAUGCCAGUCUCGCUUUUCUCAUCGGCAGAGAAGGCGUCUCUCACGCCAUGUUUGCGAAGAAGCCGGAUGCUCCAGCUAUCGCGGAUACCGACGGAGAUGUGUCUAUGGUGCCGACUGGCGAAGAGACGACUGAGGCUGAAGAAAAGACGCUCACGCCACAAGAAAUCCGGGAGAAGGCGAAGAAGGACGCCAUGCGCCAGAUUCACGAAGCUCUUGAGCCCCUCAUCGCCUCCAUUCAGUUCAUUACGCCCGAGGCUUCUUGGAGCAAGCUCAGUUCUGAGUUCUACGUUCUCUUUUGGGCACUUCAACUUGGCGACAUCGAAGUACCUGCCGCAAGCUACAACAGUGCCCAUAAGAGAAUUGCCAACUUGGCCAAAGAUCUCAACAGAGACCGUUCGGACAUGAGCCGCAGCGGCGUCAACAAGAAGAAGACCAAAGAGGCCGAACUUCAAAAGAUUGGCAACGAACUUCCCAAGGAGGCUGAUCUGCAGAUGAAGAGGGCACGCGUCGUCAGGGACUACAUGUCUGACCGUAUGGCCACAUGGUUCACAGGUUCGGUUACCAAGCUGAACGGUAUUUCGGACGCAAUUCUGGAGCAAUGUUUGCUUCCCCGACUUGUGCUUUCCGCCAGCGACGCCGAGUACUGCUACGCCCUCAUCAGAAAGAUCCACAGCUUCGGUGCACCCAACUUCCGCUUGAAGGCUUUGUACGACCGAAUUUUCAAUGUCAACCGACUUCGGUCCAUGAUCUUCACUUGCACCGUUCGUGAAGCCGAGCAUUUCGGAAGGUUCCUGAACUGCAUCUUGAAGGACCUCGCCAAAUGGCACCGAGACUCCAAUGUCUUUGAGAGGGAAGCUGUCGGCAAGCGUAGCAAUCUGCUUGGCUUUGCAUCGGAAUUUGAUGCCGAGGGACAACCAACGGCGUACUACGACCACGCGCAAUUUCGAGACAUUCUGUACGGCUGGCACAACAAGCUCAACCUGGCUUUGAAGUCCUGUCUCGGCGGCAUGGAGUGGAUGCACAUUCGCAAUGCCAUGACGGUUCUCAAGGCUGUUCUUGAAUUCUUCCCAGCCGUUACCUUCAUGGGCAACCAGUUCAUUGAGCAGCUGAAAACCAUCACCGAGCGUGAGGCAGCCUCCAAGACUGCGACAGCCGGAGAGGAAGGACACCGCGUUGAUCUUUCAGUUGCUGCUCAGGGUGCAUUGUCCGAGUUGCAGAGGAGGAAGGCGAAGUGGGUAUUGCCAGCAGGCUUCCGCCCAAAUAUGAACGGACAAGCCCAAGGAAAGACGAAAGAUGGCGAUGCGGCAGGUCUGCGCCCGACCGCUGCCGAAUUCAAGCCUGGCUCUGCCAAGAGUGCAGCAGAGCAGGAGGAUGGAGAAGUCAAGGACGGCAAGGAUGCCGAAAACCGACCGUCUGGUCCGUCGGCGCCCGCCAAUAUCGGUCAGAAGGAUGCCAAUCUUCCUCCCAAGCCCUCUGGUGCGCAGAGAGACUCAGCAAAACCCGGUGCUACCCCCUCAGCCAACUCUGCCGCCUCGAGCAAACCAUCAACGCCGAAGCCCCAUGUCGGUACCCCGUCAAAUAACGCACACCAGAGGGACGGCCCCAAACCUAUUCCUACGAGCGCGCCUUCAGGCCUGCCUAAGAGGCCCGACGUGCCUAUUCCAGGCCACUACCGCAACCACUUUCCUCCUGAAGGCCUGCCCGAACGCCGCGACCAGAGAGACAGCCGCGAGCCACGUGGCCCCAGAGAUUCUCGAGAACCCCGUGACUCCAGGGAUCAUAGGGAAUCACGGGAAUCUAGAGACCCUCGGUUUGUUGAGCCCACUCGCCCUGACCGCAGCCGCGAAUUCGCCAAUCAGGAACGCCGUGGACCGGACGGCCCCAGAGAAGUCGGUCGCUUGUCAGAGAAGGACUGGCCCGGCAGACAAGAACCUCAGCGCCGCGAACACGGCACUCAUGAUCGUGACAACCGCCAGUCACGGGACAGACAGCCUCAGGCUAAUGGCCGAGCUUCUGAGCCUGGUCGACUUUCGAGAGACACAGUCAUGUCCACGCCACCCCCUCAAGCAGCACAGCCGCCACCUGAAGAGCCGCCCAUCAACUCUGCCCGUCUUGCUCUGAUCCAGGGUGACCAGCCAGACAGGCCCAGCCGUUCAGAAAGGCCACCGCGGUCAUCCGAGCCCGAUCGUCGCAGUGGCAGAGGACCUCGAGGAGGCGACUCGGACCGUUCUGACAUCAUCAACCCGGAACGUGCCGCCUUGAUCGGAGAGACUCGCCCGGAGCCGCCAUCGCGUCCAGCACGGGAUGAGCCCAGAGAAAGAGGCACGCCUCGCGGCCACUCUCCCAGACGCAGUGGACGCUUCAACCCAGAUACCCCUGACGCCGGGAGAGAUGACAGACAUGGUCGCUCUCAUCACUCAGACCAUCGGUCUUCGAAUCGGGAUGCACACAAUGAGUCCCCAACUACGCAUCCACGAGCCGAUCGAGCUGGCGACCGUGACAGUAGCCGGCCUGGACAGGAUAAGGGCAGGGAGGCAUUCCUUGGCCCCAGUCGAGGCUCUGAUCCCGAUCACACCCGCCAAGACCACAACUAUGGUCGCUUGAAUCCUAUCCAGUCUGUCGUUACGAACGAACCGCCCUCCGGACCUCGUGGUCGUGGCCGAACAUCCGCUCGAGGUGGCGGUGCGAUGAACACUCCCAAUUCAAGAUCCGAUGGACGUUUUCCCGGCACCGAUAGCCCGGCGGCGCCUGACGAGAGGCAUCCACCAACCGGACCGGCCUCGGGUAGGGGGCGCAGGAAUCAAUACGACCCGAAUCAGAAUCAGUCCGUGAGCUCGCCUACGACAGCGACGCCCACUCCCAGCACACACCCCGACCGCGCUCGUGUCAUUAGCUCUGGACCGCCUGUCCCACCAACUCCGGGUGCCGGAGGCCCAGCCACUGGAGUUCACCCUGAUCGCCUGGCCCAGAUUGCGCCGCCUCCGCCACCGCCACCUCCGGGACAGCCGCCCAACCAUGGCCAUUCCCGGCCGUCGCUGCCUCCUCUCAACACCCCUGACCGGCCUUCUGGAGGCGGCAACAGGAACGUCCAGACGCCCACCGGCAACUUCCCUGGUCCGACCGAUGGUGCACCUUCUGGACCGGCGUCAACUGACAGAGGUCGCGGUGGCAGUCGAAGGCAACUUGCGGGUAUCAACAAUACUUUGCAACAAGCCCAAGCUAACAUGCCGGACACUAGCCGCGGCACUACCAUCCGGGGACGUGGAGCAGCUCGCGGUAGCAUCGCUGGUUCUGACGCUCAAGUGUUGACCGGCGCGUCUCCCAUCUCGACUCCGACUCAAGAACGUCCGGAUCCAAUCCGGCAAGAUCGCGGCCAGGCUAAUGGAGAGGAUCACUCACGCAACGAGCACGAUCGCAGCAGAAAAGAACACCGCUCGGACCGCGGCCGACAGUCAAGACGAAGCAGCCGGGAACGAGAGCAGCGCAGUCAAGAACGCGAGAGGGAGCCCAAGGAGCCACGUGAGUACAGAGACCGGAGGUCAGGGGCCCAAGGCCAUUCUUCGAGCAACCGAGAGGAACGCGAGCCGAGACGGUCAGGACGGGAUCCUUCCGGUAGCACCAGAGACUCUCACUCCAAUGCCGCCCAUGGCAACAGCCGCGAGAACAUUGGUGGAGGUGGACGUGAGCCACGUCACCGUGGCGAUCGUGGCGACGGCGUGCGUGCGGAUGGAGCACGAGGAGAAGCAGGUUCGGGAGGACGUAAUGAAGAAUGGGGUGGAAACACGCGAGGUGCGCCUAGAGGAGGACAACGCGAUGGCGGAUCGAGGCAGAACGAUGACCGACGUGAGCCGCGAGAGGAGCGUGGUCGCAAGAGGAGAAGCGAGGACGCCACCGGUCUCGGGAACGAUCGCGAGAAGAGGCAGAGACGUUAG